AUGGCCGCUCAAUCUACGCUUCGACCCACGCAUGAUCCGCUGCUCGCUCUCUACGACCGCUAUGCCCGGCUCGUCAAGGCGCGCGUCCGGGGCGCAUCCAAGACGGCGCAGCUCGUGUCAACCAUCACGCUGCUGUUCACCAUCAUAGGCGCGGGCUAUGGUGGAACAAGAUGGUACAACAGGCGCCGUGCCGACAAAGAGACGGGACGGCGGCUGCUCAGGAGGAACAGUGGCCUCAGGAACAAGGACGGAUCGCGCACCAUCUACGUGCCCUAUCGCGACUCCACGUCCAAAGUCACCAUCAAUCCUACCAAGCCGACGACGUUUGAUGCACACAAACGACUCUUUCUGCACCCUCCGCGCGUCACUCGUAUGGCCGACCCGAACAACCCGCAGGCACCACCGCCGGCGGCCACCAAGCCUGGCUUGAACCUGGCCUUCCUGCACCAAUUCCUCUCGCUGCUGAACAUCAUGAUCCCACGAUGGAACAGCAAGGAGACGGGACUGCUGCUCAGCCACAGCGCCUUCCUGAUGCUGCGCACUUAUCUCUCGCUCGUCGUGGCCCGUCUGGACGGUGACAUUGUCCGAGACUUGGUUGCCGGCAAUGGCAAGGCCUUUCUGUGGGGCAUUUGCAAGUGGCUUGGAGUGGGCACCUUCUCCUCGUACACCAAUGCUAUGAUCAAGUUCCUGCAGAGCAAGGUCUCGAUUGCCUUUCGCACACGGCUGACCCGCUACAUUCACGACCUGUAUCUCAACGAUCACCUCAACUAUUACAAGCUGCACAAUCUGGAUGGCGGGGUGGGGGUGGGUGCGGACCAGUACAUCACCCAAGACCUGACGCUAUUCUGUGCCAGUGCUGCGUCCUUGUAUUCGAGUCUGGGCAAGCCUUUUGUUGACCUCUGUGUCUUCAACUACCAGCUCUACCGCUCCCUGGGCCCUCUAGCACUUACGGGCCUGCUGACCAAUUAUUUCCUCACCGCGACCAUCUUGCGUCGACUUUCGCCACCUUUUGGCAAGCUCAAGGCAGUCGAGGGACGAAGAGAAGGCGAGUUCCGCGCACUGCACUCACGGCUCAUUGCCAAUGCUGAGGAAGUCGCCUUUUACGGCGGUGAUCAGAUGGAGAAGCACUUUCUGGAACGGGAAUUCAAGAAUCUGAAGCACUGGAUGGAAAACAUCUACAGUCUCAAGAUCCGCUACAACAUGCUGGAAGACUUUGUAUUGAAAUACUCCUGGUCUGCAUUUGGCUACCUCGUCACAUCGCUUCCCGUCUUCCUUCCAGCCUGGGGUGGUCUGGGUGGUGCGCCAGAACUGUCCGGGGGUGAGAAGACACACCGAGAACGGAGUCGUAUGAAAGACUUCAUCACGAACAAAAGACUCAUGCUCUCACUUGCUGAUGCGGGUGGACGGAUGAUGUAUAGCAUCAAAGACCUAUCCGAGCUUGCUGGCUACACCUCGCGAAUCUAUACCCUCAUCAGCACCCUGCAUCGCGUCCACGCAGAUGCAUACUUCCCAUCCCCUGGUACCCGACCAGAGUUGUACUCUGUAUCCGAUGUUCAGGGCACCAUACACAAGGGUUUCGAUGGCGUCCGUCUAGAACAUGUCCCCAUCGUAGCGCCUGCCCAAUUCCCCAUGGGCGGUGAGGAGCUCAUCGAGUCUUUGAACUUCAUUGUGCAUUCUGGAGAACACCUCCUCAUCACUGGGCCGAAUGGAUGUGGAAAGAGUGCUGUUGCCCGUAUCGUGGCUGGGCUGUGGCCAACCUUUCGUGGUCUCGUCAGCCGCCCGCGCUCGAUUGGUGUGGACGGCAUCAUGUUCUUGCCCCAGAGACCGUAUCUGUCUACCGGCACACUACGCGAUCAAGUCAUCUACCCCCAUACCGAUGCAGACAUGAAGGAGGCAGGCCGUCGCGACAUUGAACUGUCGCAGGUUCUCGAGCAAGCGAAGCUCGGCUACCUGCCAGACCGCGAGGGCGGCUGGGACACGAAGAAAGUAUGGAAGGACGUGUUCAGUGGGGGUGAAAAGCAAAGGAUACAAAUUGCAAGGCUGUUGUAUCACGAGCCGAGAUAUGCCUUCUUGGACGAAUCGACAAGUGCGGUCAGCAGUGAUGUUGAAGGGCUGAUGUACGAGAUGGCCAAGGCGAAGGGUAUCACACUCAUCACAAUCUCUACUCGCGCCUCGUUGAAGCGCUACCACACGUUUACGCUCACACUGGGUCUCGGAGACUAUGGCGGUGACUGGGAGCUGCAACGCAUUGGCACAGUAGAGGAGAAGUCUUCGGUUGAGAAGGAGCUCGCUGAACUCGGCGAGCGGCUGGCCAAGGUGGAGGAGUGGAAGAGGAGGAGGGAUGAGAUUGAGGAGGAACUGAACAAGGUAUGGGUAGAGGGCGAGGAAGGUGGCGGAGAGGAGGAGCUGGCCCCACCACCGUAUCUUGCGACCGAGUCUCAAGUGCGUGAAAGGGAUGGAGAGGGAGAGGGAGGUGAAGAGGGAGGUGAAGAGAGCUCGCGAGAGGAGAGGAAGAGAGGAGAUGGCGAAGAUGUGUCGCCUUCUACCGUAUAG